CUAACCGUGUGCGAGAGUGUGUGUGUGGUCGCAUAAAUUUGCCGAUAUUUCGCCUGUCCUCGCUCUCUGAUAAAUCGGACGAAGCCAGCAGCGACAAACGAGCGACGCGCAGCUUGUGAAAAGUCAAGAGAAAAAAUAAAACAAUAGGGAAAAUUUGGUUAAAAAGGUAUCUUAAAAAGGUUUAGCUCGGAAGAUAUUUGCAGACCGGAAAGAAACGCAAGAAGAACGAAAACCCCACCACUACAACUACAACGACAACAAGGUGAAGGCAAAACCAGGACAAGCAGCGCGCAAAAACGCACAAAAGAAUUAAGGAGAAAUACCGAAAAACAGACACGAAGUUGCAAUUUUCUACAGUGGAGUCCAUACAAACAGCAGCCAUGAGCAAACCAAACUACGAGCUUCCGCUGACCAUUGAUCCGGAGCAUGAGUUGCGUUUUGUGGGUCCCUUUAAUCGGUCUGUCGUCACAAUCAUGACCCUACGCAAUAACUCGUCUGCGCCACUGGUUUUUAAGAUCAAGACAACCGCACCAAAGCGCUACUGUGUACGUCCAAACAUUGGCAAGAUCCUGCCUUUUCGGUCGACCCAGGUGGAAAUCUGCCUGCAGCCCUUCAUGUACGAUCAGCAGGAGAAGAACAAGCACAAGUUCAUGGUGCAAAGCGUCCUCGCACCGGUGGAUGCUGAUCUGACCGAUUUGAAUAAAUUGUGGAAGGAGCUGGAGCCGCAGCAGCUAAUGGAUGCCAAGCUGAAAUGCGUUUUCGAGAUGCCCAGUGCCGAGGCAAAUGCAGAGAAUACUAGCGGCAUUUCCGUGGGUGUUGGAUCCGGCAGCGCCGGCGGAGGCAGUGCGGGUACCAAUGUACCCGCCAUCACCGAGGGCGCUAAGUCAGAGACGAAGCUGUCUAGCGAUGAGAAGGUGUGUUUCGUGCCGCUCUCAAAGAAUAUAUUUAAUCCAAUCUUUGUUUUAAAGACCGCAAAUUCGACCGAUGCCACUGAGUAUGACUUGUCCGGUGAGAUGAAGGCGCUGAUGGAGUCCAACACUGACCUACGAAAAGAGAAUCUACACUUGAAGGAUCAAAUCGCACGCUACCGCAGCUCAGCGGCUCUCAAGCAGCCGAACGAGCCCUAUGCCCCAGUGCUAGCUGAGAAACAGAUUCCGGUCUUUUAUAUUGCAAUUGCCAUUGCUGCGGCCAUACUGGGCCUCUUACUGGGUAAAUUCUUGCUCUGAAUGCCAUAAAGUAUCCAAAAUGCAGCAGAAUCACUAACAACUACUACAGAACUACAGAAAACAAAAAACAAAAAACAACAAAGAGAACAGCAGCAGAAGCAGUAGCACCAUCAAACCGCAACAAGACGCAAUAGCAGCAAUAACAACGAACAAACCCAGAAGCAUAAGCAAAAGCAAACGGGAGAGGCGACACAAAAAGAUACAAAAACCAUCAGAUAUGCAGCAGAAGGGGAAACUAGCCCUCGAGGCUGAAUGAGAUAAAAGAGCUGCGCUCGAACAGAAAGUAAAAGCUUUGCUAAUGAAGCUAUUAAGUCUUAAAGUGAUUCAAAAAACAAAACACUACAACAACCAGUUUAAUCCAAAAAGUGCAUUGCUCAGAUUUUCCAUUGCAUUUUUUUCAUUUUUUUUUUUUAAACUAAUUUUACUAUAUUCUUUAUGAUAACGUUUAUCUUACGUCUAAAGUGAAAAGCCGCAUCUUUUAUAUUUUUUCAAUUAUGUAAUCAAUCAGACAUUUAGUUUAAAAUCUAAAUCUUAUUAAGCAAAAAAAAACUUUCGACAAAAAGCAAAGACAAACCAAUCAUUGUUAAUGAAGUAAACAAUUUCAGUUGUAUGUUUAAUUGAGUUUGUUAUUUGCUUUGACAAAACUUGGAUAAAUUUAAUUGUUAAAGCAAACACUAGGAAGAAGCUUAACUAAGGAAACCACGAGCAAAAUGCAUUACAAAAAGUCAGAAAAACGCUUUGAAAAAUCAUAUAAAUAAUAAAAGAAUGUCACGAAAAAAAAAAGAAAACUGCUCUGCCAGGCCACCGCCGCUCUCUAUAAAGGACAGUUUGCUUCACCCCCUAUCCAACACUGUCUCUCCCCCUAUCACCAUCCAUCCCCAUCUGCAUCCCCAUCCCCAUCCACCCACUAACACCCAUAAAAAGGGAAUUAUAUAAAAAGAAGAUAUAUAAGGACCAUAAGUUAUAUUUUUCGGCUGGCAUUUUGCAUUUAAGUAGUUUGUUUUUAGUCAUUUCAAUGAUUCAACCUGCAAUCCCAUACAUCCAAAUUUAAAUCUAAAAAUGUUUGGAUACUUAAAUAUAUAGAUUGAUGAGAAGAGUUUAUGUAAGCAAAAAAUCAACUCAACUGAGUAGCUAAAUUGGAAGAAACCAACCCCCCACAUUUUAUAAAACAACACAAUUCAGAAGAUUUGCGAGAAAAUCUAGAAAAAAUAUAUGAGCAUACACUUACGAUCUACAUGUAUCACAUAUUAUAUGAAAUAUGUCUGAAGAUUAAUUAAAGCAAUUCCAGAAACUGCA